UUCAACGUCCUUGACGCCAUUUUAGAAAAUCGACGGGACAAUUUCGAUUUCUGGUCGCAAUAUAACACCAUGUUUCGUGCCGUUGCCCAACGCUUAUCCUCUAGUCUAACUGCGGUUGCUAGGAACAAUGUACAGAGACAGUGUUUAGUCAAGACAUAUAAUUAUGUUAAGGGAUAUGAUCUGGUACCAGAACCAAGGAUUAUCAUUGCCUGUUUGCGGGCGUGCCGGCGAGUAAAUGAUUAUGCUCUAGCUGUCCGAUAUCUAGAAGCUGUACAAGACAAGUGUGGCCCCCGCCUAAAAAAAAUCUGGCCAUAUAUCCUUCAAGAAAUCAGACCCACCCUGGAUGAAUUAGGUAUCAGCACCCCAGAAGAGAUGGGAUAUGACAAACCUGAGCUUGCUCUAGAAGAUGUAAUGGAUAUGCAUGGAUAGAUGAUCAGUAAUAAUUAGGAUAAAGAAUUUAUUCAAGAAAGUGUCACAGGAAAGAACAGAUCUUUCACUCUUCGAAAGUGUCUAAUAACAGACUGGACUGUGUUAGCGGUGUGACUGUGUGACAAUAAACAUUUGACAAGGUGUGAUCUCUGUACAUAUAAAUAAUGACAAUGAAAAUCAUAUCUUCAUUCUCAGUUUCCUUUGUGAGAAACGAAAUCAACCUGGUCACUUUUGUGCGAAUUAACUACGUAACCUCAGCUCUUUUGGAGUACAGCAUCCUUUGAUAUGUGUACAUGUAUUAUAAAUGAAGUCACCCAAUUAACCUUAGUAUGUAGUAUUGAUUCAUCUUGUCUCAAUUUCAACACAACAAAUUUUUAUUUCAUAAGAGAAAAGUCUCUUGAGAUAUGAACAGGUCAAAAACAAAACAUUGGUUAAAAAAGAUUAACUCUGUUGUCAGGCCUUUCAAUUUCAUACAGUUUACAGCCUUUGAUGCCAUUAGUAUUGUUAGCAUUGAUUCCAAAUAUUUGAAAAUGUGUGUGUUGUGAAAUGUUUGCCAAAUAUACCUGUAUCAUAUCGGA